AUGGACGGAAAAGAGGUAUCGGAAAAAUCUAACGCUCCACCCAAACCAGCUGGGUGGUUUGGUGUACGUCAUGAACAAUACAUUCUGCUUUUUGCGGCUACCGUGAUAGUUUUCGGAAGUCGAACUCUCUUCAACGUAGCUAUCAUCGCCAUGAUCAGCAAUGAACCGCCCACUGCUGAUAUACCAACGUAUCCGGAAUGGACGGACAAGAAGAACAUCAUGCUGUCCUCUUUCUUCUGGGGUUACGUCUGUUUCCAGAUCGGCGCCGGACAACUGGCCAAAAAUUACGGACCCAAGCUCUUCCUUGGCUCCGCCAUCUUCAUAUGCUCCUUGGCCAUCAUCCUUUUGCCGAUAAUGGGCGAGAAGUUUGGGUACGGAGGGGUUAUAGCCUGCAGGGUUGUUCAAGGUAUGACCCAGGGGUUCCUGUUCCCUUCUGUGCACAAUUUGCUAAGCGCCUGGGUGCCCAUUGUUGACAGAGCAGUCAUUGGGAGUUUCGUGUAUGCAGCUGGUCCUUUGGGUAAUGUAUUGGCUAUGCCCAUAACUGGAGCAAUAUCUGCCUCUACUGUCGGAUGGCCCAUAACGUUUUACUUAUAUGGUGGUCUUGGUAUGACCUGGAUCAUCUUCUGGAUAAUUUUUGGAUCAGAUAGUCCCUCAAAGCAUAAAAGAAUAUCUCAAGAAGAAAGAAGAUAUUUGGAAGAUGGAGCCAGUACUGAAGAAAAAGAGGUCGUACCAACACCUUGGUCGUCCAUUGCUACCUCUUUGCCGUUCUACGCUAUACUGAUAGCCCAUUGUGGGCAAAACUGGGGCUUCUGGACUUUGCUCACGGAAAUACCAAGUUAUAUGGAGAACAUUCUGAAAUUCAAAAUAGCUUCCAAUAGUUACCUCUCUGCCCUUCCUUACUUUGUUCUCUGGCUGCUUAGUUUCGUCAUGAGUCCCAUAGCCGAUACAUUAAUAUUAAAGCAAGUAGUGAGCAGAGGCACCAGCACGAAAAUUUUCAACUCCAUAGGUUUGAUGGUGCCCGCCGUUGCUCUUUUCGCUCUCAAUUUUGUGGGUAGCUCCCAGAAGGAAGUCACGAUCGUUAUCCUGGUGAUUGCUGUUGGCUUCAACGCCGGUGUGCUUUCUGGUUUCAAUGUGAACCACAUAGACAUAUCCCCGAUCCAUUCUGGGACCCUCAUGGGGAUCACCAACAGUUUGUCCAACGUUUUCUCCAUCAUAGCCCCAUUGGCCGUGGACGCUGUCAAAUCCAUUACGGGCUAUGAAGAGACGGACAAAUCUAUGUGGAACAUAGUUUUCUCCAUAGCGGCCAUAAUCUACAUCCUUACUGGUACAUUCUACGCGUUCUUUGCGUCGGGUGAAGUACAGCCUUGGGACAACUUGGAACUUAGUAAAAAAAGCCCUGUUGGGCUCAGCAAAGAACAACUGGAGAAGAAAUAUGAUAGCGUCUAA